UUCAAGGAGACAGGAGUGAAGUGAUGAUGGGCAUGAUUUGGAAAGAGAGGAGGGGCUGUGGUUGCUGCCUAGCUACUAAAGUCUCUGCAAUGGCCACUGGGGACACCAACAAGGAGCUAGACUCUCUCGUAGCAGAGUAUUUGGAGUCUCGAGGACUUAAGAAAACAGUAUCAACAUUUUAUAGUGAGAGCAAGGAGAGUAGAGAAUCUACAAGCUCAUCAGAUCUGCAGUCCGAGUUUGUGGUUGCUUUUGAGUGUGGUGAGCGGCAGGUGUUCUUCCAGUUGUGGGCGGAGCAUGUGCCAGCGAGACUGAGAGAUGGGGACCCCACAGCACAGCACCUAGAGUGCAGUGUCAGCGCUUAUUUUGCCGUCUACCCCCUUAGGACAGGGACUGGUAACAGGGAGGAAGCAAUGGCGGCGUUCAGGACCUACCUUGAGAACAGAGGGAGCCAGUUGUCACAGAACACGGAGUUAGCCUCUCUGUUUGCUCUACCCUACGUCCCCAACCCCUCAAACCACCCCUCAUUCAAAAAACUCUUCUUGGAAUCAUGGACAGUCGAGUUGAAGGCUCGUGUCAUUCAGUUUCUGGAACUGGUUUUCCCAAAUUCAUCAACAAACAAGCCCAAUCUGGUCAAACUAUACCUGAAAAGCCAGCGUGACGGUGGUGUGAUGGUGCAGGAGGACUGUGUGAGCAAGCUGGCAGAGAUGCAGAACUCUUAUCACACUCUAGUGGGUAUCUCCAUGGAGCUGGUCAGCGCUCUAGAGUCAGCCAUUGCUGGCAGGCCGAUCACACCAGAGUAUAUUCAGUCAAUCUGCACUCGCUUAUUUCAGAGCUCCACUGCUCAGAGCUCCACUGCUCAGAGCCAGCCACCACCAGAGCCACCCAAAACUCCUAUACCCGCUGCAGGCUCCUUGUUGCUCAGAGCGUCUGUAACCUCACUGAGGCAAAGCCUUCAAGUGUCAGACAGCUACCUGAUGUCAGAAACUGGACUGGACUAUGACAAGAUAAAGACUGAGCUUGUGGGGGCUGCCAGCUGCUCAAGCAAGGCACUGCUUCUGCAAGCACUGAGAUGGCGUCUGACUCGCUCAUUGCCUGGUAACCAGAGGGACUCAGUCAUCUCCCAGUAUGUUGGUGAAGACCUCCUAGGAUGUUCCUCUCCUAACUCCUCCCAUCUGGCCGCCAUUAUUCAACUGCUGCAGACCACCGACCACAACCUCAGGGAACAGCUAGCUAGACUAUUCAACACACUAGCUUCUCUGACAGGAGGGCGUGGCUACAUAUCUCAGUCCCCAGCCAUCAUACAAGCUCUCCUCUACCUGAUGUACGGGGAGGAGGGUGCCGACACUCACACUCGCAGGAACUGUCUAGGAGCCAUCCAGAAACUCAGCCUCAGACGGUCGAUAGUUCGUAUGAUGAUCAAGAGCUCAGUGGUUCAGUACCUGGCCGAGUGUCUCCUCUCACAGCCUCACUCUGAGUACACUGUACGCUACAGUCUAGCACUGCUGCUCAAUGUCAGCCUCAGAUGUAUCGGCAAGACCUAUUGUGAGCCAUACAGUGAAAUCCUGCUGACUGUGUUGGGGGAGUACUUGGAGCAUGAGGACCAAGAGAUUUGUAGCUACGUGAAUGGUGCUCUGUACAGCUUACUGGCAUCUCCCAGCAUUAGAGAUGUGGCCAGACAAAUAGGUAUGGAGGAGAUGCUACAGUCUGCUCUGCGAGGUUGUCCACCAGACGUCCAGAGUCAGAUUGAGUACAUCCUUUCUCAGCUUGGCUCAGAGGAGGAGGGGGAGGGCUCAGACUCAGGGGACGAGGGGGACAGUGAGGAGGAGGAAGACGAAGAGGAGGACCCUGACAUCAUAGAGGGUGAUGAGGAGGAGGUGGGACUGACGAGCAGUGGACCCACUGGAGAGGAACUGCUGAGACAGCAAUAUUUACUCAGAGCCAUGUCAACUACACAGGUUGCUAUGGAGACUAAGCGCACUCCGUCAGCACAGUCAGCAAGGGAGCAACUGAACAACACAUACUCAAAGUCAGCCUCCUUUGGUCAGCACGACACAUCCCUCACACAUACUGGUGAACAUCCCAGCCUCACAGAAGGAUUGGAGGCUCCCUUUGCUCGUCCCAUCACUCCACAGUCAUAUAGACCCAACACCUCCUCUGGUGUUGUACAUCACAAACAAGAUUUUCGCAUCAACCCAGGCCUACAAAGACCAACAUCAUCUUGAAACACACAUCCCCCCGAGAAUAGACGAUGUAUACAUGCAUAUACAGUUACACAUAACAUGAUAAUAUUUUUAUGUCUUGUUUUUGACAUCUAUCGCUUAUAAUUAUAAUACAUGUGCAGUUCAUUUUUCUAUUUCAAGUCUGUUCUUGCUAAAUAUGAUAUUCCAUCGACUUUGUAGUGCAUCACA